CGCAUACACACCGCCACCCCACCCCCAUGUUUGGACGGCACAUACAUAGCUAAAAACGAAGUACAGUGCAACGCCAUAAUUCACUAAUACAUCAUAAAUCGUUGCAAGUACCAGCGUUAUAACGACGAGGAAAAAUCUAACAAAUCAAGCUCCCCUUGGUCCUCAGCUCUGAGCCUGCAACUCUCUAAAACAACCUAAAUGAGCUCUUACUUUGUAAACUCGUUCUCUGGGCGCUACCCAAAUGGCCCCGACUAUCAACUGCUAAAUUAUGGAGCCAGCAGCGGCGCAAUGAACGGCGGGACGUACAGGGACUCUUCCUCCGCCAACAUGCACCAUGCGACGGGCUCCUACGGCUAUAGCUACAAUGGCAUGGACCUGACCGUCAGCAACCGGGGAGGGGGGAGCGGUGCCACCAACACCGGAGGACACUUCGGGGGCGGCUCGAUCAUCGGGGACUCCCCGGGCUUCGGCUCCCCGACCCCAGAGACGGGCUUCCGACAGACGUCCAGCUGCUCCCUUGCGUCUUCCGCGGAUUCCAUGCUGUCACCCGGCAGCGGAGACGCUAAACUGGGCGCCCGGACCUCGUCUCCCGGCACAGAGCAGCCAGGAAGCGGUAAUCUCAGCUCACCAAACCUGUCCUCGACCUCCUCCUCCUCCGGCGGCGGCGGAGGAGGAGGAAGCGGAGCGCAGCAUUUCACGGAGCUGGACGACGCGUCGACCGACACCGAGGAGUUACAGCACAAGCCGCCGCUGAGGACCGGGCACCCGCAACGCGUGCAGAGGCGAGAGGGCGGCCCGGCGGGAUCGGCCACCGGUGGCACCGCGGGAGGCGACACUCGGCCACCACAGAUAUUCCCCUGGAUGAGAAAGCUGCACAUUAGCCAUGAUAUGGCAGGCCCGGAUGGGAAGCGGGCGCGAACGGCGUACACGCGCUACCAGACGCUCGAGCUGGAGAAGGAGUUCCACUUCAACCGGUACCUCACGCGGCGGCGGCGCAUCGAGAUCGCGCACGCGCUCUGCCUCACGGAGCGGCAGAUCAAGAUCUGGUUCCAGAACCGGCGGAUGAAGUGGAAGAAGGACAACAAGCUGAAGAGCAUGAGCCUGGCAACUUCCGGCAGCGCAUUCCAACCCUAGAAAUUAAGUUAAAUUGAAAGUUAAAAAAUGAAUCCGUACUCGUUGGAGGGGGUUUAACUACAGGCGUCUUUCCAGGAGGGGAAAGUCCGAAUAAACAGAAAGACAAGCAGAACAUGGAGCAAAAGAAGACGGCGAUGAAGAAAUAUAUGUACACUAAGAAAAACAAAACAAAAAAACACUCCUACUUAUCAACGGAGCUCUGUACAGCAAUGCAGCACUUUUUAUUUUUCGGCAUGUUGGUGUUUUCGGGCAAAGUAAAUUAAACUGUGGUACUUGUUUUCGUAAAAAAAAAAACGUGGUGUUUCUGUAUGUAAAAAAAACACUGACCGCAGCAGAGGACUCAAGAAAAAGGAAAGAAGAAUAAUGUUACCGAACUGUCUAUACUUACAUUUUAACUUGCAACCUUGACGGUGUAUGAAUAACGUUUAAUGUCCACGUGCAAUGUUUUAUACUUGACAAAGUGCUUGAUGUUACCAUGUAAGCUCUUGCUGCAGGUUUACAGCCUUUACCCGUCCUCCUUAUGUCUGCCUGUCAAUUACUCGACAUUCAAAUUGCCUCCUAUUUCUUAUUUAGACCGAUAGAAGGUGUGUGUGUGUGUAUGUGCGCGGCCUGCUAACAUCUCCGUAUCAUGUUGUCUAUAGCUAUAUUAUCAGUGGAAGUGUAUAUAAUUGUUAUCAUUCACGUAAUCAUCGGACACAUGUUUUAGAAAGGAUGUACAUAAACGUAUAUAUUGUCAUUUUUAAAUGUGAGCAAUUGGCUAUUUGUAGUGGUAAUGUGUGUGUGUGUGUGUGUGUGUGUCUGUGUGAGUGGGAGUGUGUGUGCCUGCAGAUGUGAGUGAAAUGGCUACCUUCCUGUGAGGCCUGUGAGCUUUUUGUAUUUUGUUUGUAACUUGGAGUAAAACCCAAUAACAAUAAAGUUGCCCAUUCUCGUCAGACCGACUUGA